AUGUCUACUCCUACCAUCAAGCUGAACUCGGGCUACGAGAUGCCUCUCGUGGGCUUCGGUCUGUGGAAGGUCAACAACGACACUUGCGCCGACCAGGUUUACAACGCCAUCAAGGCCGGUUACCGCCUCUUCGAUGGCGCCUGUGACUACGGCAACGAGGUCGAGGUCGGCCAGGGUGUCGCCCGUGCUAUCAAGGACGGUCUCGUCAAGCGUGAGGACCUCUUCCUCGUCUCCAAGCUGUGGAACAGCUUCCACGACAAGGAGCAGGUCGAGCCCAUUGCUCGCAAGCAGCUCAAGGACCUCGGCAUCGACUACUUCGACCUGUACAUUGUCCACUUCCCCGUCGCCCUCGAGUACGUGGCACCCGAGGACACCUGGACCGCCAUGGAGUCUCUCGUUGAGAAGAAGCUCGCCCGCAGCAUCGGUGUGAGCAACUUCAGCCCUCAGCUGCUGAUGGAUCUCCUCCGCUAUGCUCGCGUCCGCCCCGCCACUCUCCAGAUCGAGCACCACCCUUACCUCACCCAGAAGUCCCUGGUCAACUACGCCCAGAAGGAGGGCAUCGCCGUCACUGCCUACUCCUCCUUCGGUCCCCUCAGCUUCAUCGAGCUGGAGAUGCAGAACGCCAAGGACACCCCCAAGCUGUUCGAGCACUCCGCCAUCACCUCCGUUGCCUCCAAGCACAACCGUUCCCCCGCUCAGGUCCUGCUGCGCUGGGCUACUCAGCGCAACAUCGCUGUUAUCCCCAAGAGCAACGACCCCACCCGUCUGGCUCAGAACCUCCAGGUCACCGACUUCGACUUGGACCAGAGCGAGAUUGAGUCCAUCAGCAACCUGAACCAGAACCUCCGCUUCAACGACCCCCAGAACUACGGCCUCGAUGUCACCAUCUUCUAA